AUGAAUGUUGGAACCACCAACAAUAACGACACCGUCAGUCCACAGAUUACUGACAGCAGUUCACAACGUCAUCAGAAACGCUGCUCAGUGUUUAGAUGCAGCUCCUCUCUGACCUCAGCUGUGACCCCUCCACACCCCCAGCCUCUCGGCCCCUGCAGUCCCUUUAGCCCCUGCAGUCCCUUUAGCCCCGCCCCCAUUUCAGAGACUCCUCCCCCUCCGUGUGUCAAUGUUGAUCAGUUUGAAUCAGAUGUGCAUGGAGACUCAGAACUCGCCUUCCUAAUGGAGCCCAGUGAUGUCAUCGCAGUCAGGGACCGCCCCCUGAUGCUGGAUUGCCAGGUGGAGGGGGAGGGACCUAUCACUAUCACCUGGAGACGUAACGCUGUUCCCGUGGAGACCGGCAUCAGGGCAGCGUUGCUAAGCAAUGGUUCUCUGCUCAUCAGAAACUUCUCCAAGAGACGCGAGAGCAACGAGACGGACGGCGGCGAGUACGACUGCUCUGCUGAGAACCGCUACGGGAGGCUGAUCAGCCGCAAGGCCCGCGUCCAGGUGGCAUCCCUCCCCAAGUUCCUGUCUCACCCCCAGUCUCUGGUGGUUGAUGAAGGGGGCGUGGCCAGACUCAGCUGUCAGGUGAACGGGAUCCCAGAGGCAAGCAUCACCUGGCAGAAGGACCGCCGCCCCCUGAGCACUGCCGACCCCAGGUACACUCUGCUGCCUAAUGGCGUACUGCAGAUCAACGGCGUCCGGCAAGCUGAUGGUGGUUGGUUCCGCUGUGUCGCCUCCAACAUCGCCAACACCCGUUACAGCCACGAGGCCCAGCUUGCUGUCACCGCUGCAGGAUCCAGGAUCUACAAGGAGCCUGUCAUCCUGUCAGGUCCCCAAAACCUCACCAUCAACAUCCACCAGACGGCCAUCUUGGAAUGCAUCGCCACGGGAAACCCCCGCCCCAUUGUGUCCUGGAGUCGCCUCGACGGGCGGUCCAUUGGAGUGGAGGGAGUCCAGGUUCUGGGAACCGGGAACCUGAUGAUCUCUGACGCCACACUGCAGCAUUCAGGAGUUUACGUUUGUUCUGCAAACCGACCCGGAAGCAGGUCCAGAAGAACAGCGCUGGGACGGCUCGUAGUCCAAGCACCUCCAGAGUUUGUCCAGUGGCCUCAGUCCGUCUCCAGAUCAGCAGGGGGCAGCGCCGUCUUCAGCUGCACAGCUACCGGCGUCCCAGAGCCGCACCUCAUCUGGCUGAAAAAUGGCAAACUGCUCAACCCCAGCGGCAAUGUCAAGCUCGCCAACGGAAACACGACCCUUGCCAUCACCCGUAUAACCCCUGAGGACGAAGCCAUCUAUCAGUGCAUCGCUGAGAACAGCGCCGGUACCAACCAGGCAAGCGCUCGCCUCGCUAUCAGCCAGGGGUCCGAGCUGCCUGAGGCCCCCACCGGGCUCCACGCCACGGCCCUGAGCUCCGGCAGCCUGCAGGUGGCCUGGGACCAGCCUGAGGAGCAUGUCAGCCAGCAGAUCAUUGGAUAUGUCCUGCACAUCAGACGGCUAGGAGAACCAGACAGCGCUGAGCUGCAGGAGGCUGUCAGUAAAAUCACCUUCAGUCAUGACUUCAACAACCUGGAAACCGCCACCACCUACUCCAUCUACCUGAAGGCCUACUCCGCCCAGGGAGGCAGCCAGCAGUCCAGCAGCAUCACGGCCACCACGCUGGGGGGCGUUCCCAAUCCGCCCAGUUUCUUCACCAAAGUCCUGAACCGGACUGCCAUGCAGGUGUACUGGGAGCUGCCCAGUAAACCCGGGAAGCUGGAGGGCUUCAGACUGCAGUACCACGGGGUCUCCAACCCAGACAUUCAGGGGCAGCAAAUCCUCCCGGGACACAUCAAUACUCACACCAUCUCCCACUUGGAGCCGGCAGCAGUUUAUGAGAUCCAGCUGGUGGCAUUCAACGGAAAUGGAGACGGCCCGUCUACCCAUCGCCUAGUGUCUCUGUCCGAGGGCAGAGACUCUGCUGCAGGUGGGCGGAGCUGUAAUUGCAACCAGACCGACAAGUCAAUGUCCAUUCUGCUGGUUGGCGUUCACAGCGGCCUCGCCUGUAUCCUGUGCUGCCUCCUCUUCAUCCUCCUGGCAUACAGACACAGAGUUUUCUGCAGGAAGGUGGUGAGUUGGGAGGCUCCGCCUACUCUUAAUGGUGUCAGAAGUCCUAAAGGUCAUACAACUGAGAGCAUGGAGCUGAGUCAGAGAUGUGACUCCGCCCCUGCCCCGGUGAUGGUCAUGGUUGAGUCAACUCCACCCGUGGAGCCCGGCACAAGCACUGGAUAAACCAUCACAUGCACCACCUUCCCAUCUUACCCUCUUCCUCCUCUUACUCCUCCUCCUCCUGACCUCCAGCCUGUGGUCGCCUCCUCCUGUCCGGACAGCCUUGUAAACCAAACACACUUAGGUCUUCUGAUCCGGUGUGUUUGGUUGUAGCCACGUUGAGAUUUAAUGAGAGAUGAUGAUGAAACCAAAAGCUUUUUUCUUGAGUUUGUGUUGUUUUGAUUUGGUCACCAUCUGUGCCGACUUUCCUGAAAGAUGAGGCCUUCCACUGGUCUGACCAGAGACCCAGUUCUCAGAGGAUCCAUUUAACCACCAGGACAGGUACAUUACCUGUCGUCUGUCGGUCCUCUGA